UAGCUUUUUAUGUCGAAUGCAUUAUUCGAUACUCAUUUAAAAUUCUAACAUACCGCUUAUAAAGAAAGCUCGCCAUUUUCAUGCGAUCCCCCGCCGCUGAUGGUCGUCCGUUUUAAAAAAUCAUAUGUAGUUUUUGUUUUGUCGCUUAUUACGCAAAUUCGGUUUGGGAGCCGGUAGGGCGCCCACGCGUCGAAAAUCGCGGGGGCGACACAUUGAGGCUUCGGCGCGUGCUCAAACGCGCGCGCACCUCGACUGACACACACGCUCGUUCGAAAAAAAAACAGGAAAAAAAAGAAAUUUACGUUCGAAUUUUAAACUAGUGAUAGUGAUUGGCCGCGUUCGAAAUUCGAAAUUAGUGCCCGAUGUCAUGUAAAACGCUCGAUUUACUUUUAUGAAUGGAGUGUAAUAGGAAGUGACGUCAUGCAUAGUGUUGUGCCCGCGCCAGCGCCGCCCCGGCGCGCGCCUAUUUGUUGACAAUGAACGAUCAUUAGAGCGGAAAGGAUGUGGGUGGUGUGCUGGGUGGCGGCGGCGGUGGUGUGCGCGGCGGGAUGGCCGAGCGCACAGUGGCGCUGCCCCGCGUUGAGCGCGCGCCCCGCUGCAGACUGCGCGUGCGACUUGCCGCAUACGUUGCGCUGCGCCGGCGACCACACUGCGCUGCAGAUAAUCGGCCGCCAUCUAAGAGAGCAGAGAGCUAGGAACAAGAAUACUGCGGUGUCUCUUCUAGACUGUUCUCUGCGAGGAGUGUCCAUGCUCUCUGCUGGCUCGGUGCAGGAGUUGGCUGGAGUAGCGCUCCACGGGCUGGUUGUGUCGUCAGGCGACAUUAGGCGGGUGCAGCAGGGCGCGUUCAAUAGUCUAUCGGCGACUUUGAUGGCUUUGGGUCUGCCGAAUAAUCAAUUGCCGUCAGUCCCGACUGAGGCUUUGACACGCCUCUGGAACCUCGACCGGCUCGAUCUAUCCAACAACAAGAUACAUACUCUAGACCCCAAUUCUUUUAAGGGCAUACGAAACUUGACAUAUCUGGAUAUAAGCGACAACCAGCUGACAGACAUAUCAGAAGAAGCAUUCAAGCCAUUAGUGAAAUUAGCUGUUCUACGUCUGCGGGGCAAUUUGCUCAAAGUGCCUGCUUUGGUUUCGCUUAAGGAGGCUCAUAUGCUACGAGACCUGGAUUUAUCCAGCAAUGCUUUGGAAGGUCCGUUGGGUCCUACCACCGUUCCAACGCUGGUUCAUCUGUCGACCCUUCAGCUAUCAGACAACACUUUCGCCAGCAUACGACGAGGAGCGCUAGCUGGUCUGACGAACUUGACUAAUCUGAAUCUACACAACAAUCAGAUCGACGUACUAGAAGACUAUGCUUUCAAACACCUAGCCAACUUGACGAGCCUGGAUUUGUCUCAUAAUGAAAUUGUUGCGGUGUCUGGAGCAUCACUAGCCCAAUUGACGAACCUCAUCCACCUGGAUCUGUCUCACAACUUCCUCCGUUCCCUAUCAGCUGAGCCUCUGAAGUCGUUGCGCAGUCUGACAGAGCUGUUCCUCCACGAUAAUGAUGUGUCGAUGAUAGAUGAUGGGGCCCUGGCGCAGCACAAGGACCUUGGACGAUUCACUAUUGAAGAUAAUCCACUUAAUUGCGACUGCCUAAUGGCCGGAUUUGCGCGAUGGCUCCGCGAGGCAGGAAACUUGUCCCAAGUAGAUAAGUCUGCUGCAGUUUGCACCACACCACCGCACCUCGAAGGAGCACUGAUAUCCAGGCUGUCUAAGAGCAAACUGUGUGAUGACUUCGAACACGUUGACAAAGUCAAAGAUGCUUAUGAUUAUAAUAAGGAUGUUGUUAAGGAUGAUGAUUAUGAUAAACCUGAUGGUUUGGAUGAUGAUGUCUAUGAUGAGGAAUUGGAAGUGCCUACUGCGGAGGAUCUGCCGAUUUCUAGUUCGAAGGUCCGUCUCCUCGACGCGUGGUUUGAUGACGAAGAAGUCCAUCUCUCCUGGGCGCUGGAGCCACCAUCGACCCACCGGCAUAGAUGCACAGGGGUCACCGUCUCUCGAGCUGGUGGUAUUGCCAAGCAUGUCGCCUGUCACCGAGCACCUCCUGCCAACGUGGUACUACGAGGGUUCAAGAUAGACCCAGCAGAUCAGUACACAUUCUGCAUAGCUCUAGAAGAGAUGGAUAGUUCGGAGACACUACUGUCACUCGUGCUUGGAUGCGGGAGCCCUCAGAUUGUUCGGCAGCGGGUGCCGUUUGCGACAGCUGUGCCCGUGCUAAUCACCACGCCGCCCGUCGUCGAUGCGUUGCGGGUCACAGAAGUACGAUCUAACGUCACUAGCGAUGGAGUCCUCACUGUCCUCAUAUCGGUGAUGGGUCUACCUCGCCCGCAAAGCCCUCAAUCACGCUCCCAAAGAUUGACAGUCGAAACCAAAAACCAAAUUUCGCAGAACUGCUACGUGGUACUAGCAGUACUAUCCCACGGGUCUUUAGUAGCCCAAAAGGAUACACCAUGCCAGUCUACACUAGAAAUAACUAUGGAAGGUUUCAUACGUGGUCCUUAUGAGGUAUGCGCUACAUUAUCAAAAUUCAAAAUUGACGAAGCAAGACCAAUUUGCGUGGUACCACAACUGUUGGAGCCUUUGGGAUCCCAGAUGAAAGCAGGUUUCAAGUCCUUAAACACAGCGUUGGUAGGAGUUGCAUUAGCUCUUACAGCAAUAAUCAUAGGCUUGGUGUGGUUUGUAAGGAAAAUGUUGAAGAAACCCUCGGAAUUUGAAUCACACAGAUGCUUCAGACAAGAGCCAGCGCAAGAAGAGAAUCCUAGAGCAAGUUAUGUUAUGUUGACGGCUACCUCCAAAGUUUGAAAGUUUGCUAGUCGAAACGAUAGAUAUUAGAGAAGGUUUACGUGGAAUUUGGUGCAUGAUGUUUCGGUGCUAUGACUUUUGAGUCCGUGUUUUAAGUAUUAUAGUUGAUGUGAAGUUACGUGGUGGUAAUUUUGUAUAUAGUUUAAAAAGUCAAAGGUUAAUGCAGAUUCUAAAGUGUUUAACGACUGUUGUAAAAUAGAUGUACUCAUUAGAGUCAAAAGUAUGAACUUCAUACCUGACAAUUAUAGUAACGGGUGAAGAUUUUUAAGAAAUUAAACUAUCGAUCAUAUAAGUGUCUUAUACUGUAACAGUGUUAUAAAUGACUUCUAAGAACGGACAUAUUUAUAAACAAUUAUUGUGUGAUAAGAUAUUUAAAUGUGAACGUUUUAUUAUUGUAAUUAAUAAUUAAUUGAUAUGAUGUGAGUGAAAUAUAAUUUGUUUUUUGGAUUAUUUGAAGCAUCGUCGGAUAGUUAAUCAUUGGUAAAAUAUUCACGCCUCAUUAAGUAGAAUUGCAUAGCCCGAAAUUGGGAUAGUGACAAAAUGUAGGUAUAUGUAAUAUCACAUUAUAUCAUUAUGUUCAAUAAAAAAAAGAAAUGUAAAA